GAAAGUUUUAUUCACUUGUAAGAAAAAUAUGGCUAAACGAGCUUCCUUUUGUCUCCUCCCAUGUCUCAUUGUCUUGUUUUUGAGUUCUGUCUCAGCAAUCAUAGAUGAUCCUCAAGAAAAACAAGUCUAUGUUGUCUACAUGGGUUCACUUCCGUCUCGACAAGACUACACACCAAUGUCGAAUCACAUAAGUAUUCUUCAAGAUGUCACGGGAGAAAGUUCGAUCGAAGGUCGUUUGGUGAGAAGUUACAAAAGGAGUUUCAAUGGGUUCGCUGCCCGACUCACUAAGUCAGAACGAGAACGAGUAGCCGAAAUGGAGGGAGUUGUAUCUGUGUUCCCCAACAAGAACUACAAACUCCAAACGACGGCUUCUUGGGACUUCAUGGGAAUGAAAGAAGGAAAGAAUACAAAGCGAAACGUGGCCAUAGAGAGUAAUACUAUUAUAGGAGUCAUCGACAGUGGGAUUUGGCCAGAGUCAGAGAGCUUCUCUGAUAAAGGUUUUGGUCCUCCUCCUAAGAAAUGGAAAGGUGUUUGUUCCGGUGGCCAGAACUUCACUUGCAACAACAAGUUAAUUGGAGCAAGAGACUACACAAACGAAGGCACUAGAGACAGUCAAGGCCACGGUACACACACAGCGUCCACAGCGGCUGGAAACGCAGUUGCGGACACAAGCUUCUUUGGAAUAGGCAAUGGCACGGCAAGAGGCGGUGUUCCAGCCUCUAGAAUCGCAGCUUACAAAGUCUGCACCUUGACAGGGUGUUCCUCUGACUCAGUACUGUCUGCGUUUGAUGACGCAAUCGCAGACGGUGUUGACCUCAUCAGCAUCUCUCUCGGGGGAGACCACCCCUCCUUGUAUGAAGAGGACACAAUUGCAAUCGGAGCUUUUCACGCUAUGGCCAAAGGGAUUCUCACUGUGCACUCAGCCGGUAACUCUGGUCCGGAUCCGGCCACAGUUGCGAGCGUAGCGCCGUGGGUGUUAUCUGUUGCAGCAACCACCACCAACCGUAGGUUUUUAACCAAAGUUGUUCUUGGAAAUGGCAAGAUACUUAGUGGGAAAUCAGUGAAUUCUUUUGAUCUGAAACAAAAGAAGUAUCCUCUGGUGUACGUAGAUUCUAUUUCAGAAGAUUCUAUUUCAGAAACUAACGUGACGGGAAAGAUCAUGGUUUCUAGAUACCAAAGUAUGUCAGAAGUAGCUGUUGCAACCAUAACUACCGCCAAAAAAGACUAUGCAACCAUUAGCUCUCGUCCCUUUACUAUUUUAUCACCAGAUGACUUUGACUCUCUCCUCUCUUACAUUAACUCCACCAAGUCCCCGCAAGGAUCUGUUCUAAGAACUGAGGCAAUCUUUAAUUCAACAGCUCCUACAAUUGCUCCCUUCUCUUCUCGCGGUCCAAAUAACAUUGCAGUUGAUCUUCUAAAGCCAGAUGUAACAGCACCAGGAGUGGAGAUUCUCGCUGCAUAUUCACCUUUGGCUUCACCAUCUCCCGAUAAGAGUGACCCAAGACGUGUGAAAUACUCUGUUAUGUCCGGAACUUCUAUGGCUUGUCCACACGUUUCAGGCGUGGCCGCCUACGUCAAGACUUUUCAUCCUGAAUGGUCUCCUUCCGUAAUCCAAUCUGCCAUCAUGACAACCACUUGGCCAAUGAAUGCUACAGAAACUGGGGUUGCAUCGACGGAGUUUGCUUAUGGAGCUGGGCAUGUUAACCCAAUAGCCGCUCUUAACCCUGGACUUGUCUAUGAAUUGGAAAAAGCUGACCACCUCGCCUUUCUCUGCAGCUUGAACCACACUUCAGAAAGCCUUAAACUCAUUUCUGGUGAAAACGUCACUUGCACUGGAAACACCUUACCAAGAAACCUCAACUAUCCUUCUAUGUCGGCUAAACUUUCAAGCUCUAAUAGCUCCUUCACGGUGGAUUUCAAAAGAACUGUCACCAACCUUGGUACCCCCAACUCUACAUACAAAUCAAAGGUUGUCCUUAAUCACGGAUCUAAGCUCAACAUAAGUGUCACGCCUAGUGUUCUGUCGUUUAAGAUGGUGAGCGAGAAGAAGUCUUUCACGGUGACUGUUACUGGCAGCAAUCUCAGCGUAACACCACCUCCGUCUGCAAAUCUAAUAUGGUCAGAUGGCACACAUAACGUGAGAAGUCCUAUUGUUGUUUAUGCCGAUGGUAACUGAUGAGGAGGCAUCCUCAAUCAUCAUAAUAUAUUGUUUUUGUUUUUGUUGUUGUGGUUCUUUAA